AAAUGGCGCUCACGAUCAACCAAGUCUGCAAGUGAGGCAGAUGCACACCAUAAUGGGCUGUACGCAUCCCGGCUCGCCUCUAUGUCUGGGCCAAGGUCAAGAUAUGGGCCACCCAGACAUGAUCUUCCAGCCAUUCAUCAAGUGUGGACGCCAUACUUAUCCGAGUCUGAUCAUGUUUUCUCGCUACAGCACCCCGCUGAGCCUGUCUCGCCUGCUGCCGCUGCGAUGACUCCGUCAAAAUCCCAGCAGUCGAGUGAAAGUAUCGUGGUUUCGCCGGGCUCAAAGAGCCAUCGCUUGGUUGAUGUCCCCGAAAAUCCUUCGCCUGAGAGCGUUGCCCAAUCGUCCCUAAAAAUAGGGCCACCACUGACUCCGCUACUCUCACCCAGAGUCUUGUAUCUGAAGGCUAAGAAGGAAAUCGAAUUGAAGAUCAAGCCGAAGCACCGUGAAGAUUCGUAUAACCAUCAGCCCACAGCCAUCAGCAUUCGCCCAGAUAUCGAAUUUUCAACCAAGUCUUCCUGCAGCGAUCUGAUAUCUGAUGAUGAGUGCCAAACCCGAGCAACAGUUGAAGGCACCAAAGAUUUCCUCGCUGCUCAAAACAUCAGCAAGACAGGAACGUGGUUCAAGGACGAACUUCACACAUCCAAGAUAGGCCGCAAGCUUUUUGGCAAAGCACCGUGGCAUCGGAAGGAAUCUGGCGACUCGUUUACCAGCGUUUCUAGCUCCAUACGAGCGGUGCUCAAGGGCAAGACGCCUCCUGCAACUCCUGCAAAUCAUGGCCUAAGUUACACAACUCAUUCCUCACAGGAAGCCGUUCGGGUGAGCACACCCCCUAUGGACGAAGACACGGCAGAUGGCAGGCCGCGAGCUUUCUUCACGUCCUUGACGCCCCCUAUGCCAGACGGCGAGACCAGCACAAAAACAGCAUCACCAUCAGUGCGCUCUACGAAACGCUAUAGUGUUCAUAGCAGUAGUAUGGCAUCUCAACCUCGUGAGUGGUGGGAGCAAAUACCUCAACGCGGAGGUCGUCGCGAUCUUCUAGACGCACACGGUAGCUUCACCAGUAGAUUUGAAUUUGAUAUCCCGGAACAUUUGCCUAGGAGUCCAAUGUGCCCGGCCAAUAAACGUCACAAAAGCGGCGGCACAGGUGUUUGUGUAUAUCAUGGCCGGAGGAAAGGUGGGACCAUGCUGGAGACAAAAUGA